AUGGCAUCCGGACUCAUCUUUGACCCCUUAGCUCUGCUGCACGUUAUCCCCCUUGCCAGCAGCACCGGCACGCUUGUCUGCGCCACGGGCGAACUUAUCCAUAACAGCGCCUGGGUGCAGCCUCAGUUGCGUCAAAAAAACAAUUCCCUGCUGCCCCGAUGGUAUGACUACGUCUUUCCACGCGGAGUAUCGCUUGUUCUGGUGUUGAACAUGACGAGCAUCGGCUCGGCCGUGGCCAAUCUUCUCACGAGCGGACCUCGACCGCGCCCGUUACCCUUGUCACGCACGACUUUCUACUGGGCCGGGCUGGUCGGGGCCGUCUCUCAUUUAUUGUUCGUGCCGUGGGUGGCUCCUCGCAUUCAGCGCAUCGUGGAGGAUCGAGGGGGCGAGCGCGAACCGACGCGUGAGAUGGAGGCGUGGCUGGGAUACCAUCGCGUUCGCAUGCUGCUGGCCGAUGCGCCCGCAUGGCUGGCAUUUGUGGGAGCUGUUUUGGUGCGGUGA